AUGGCAGAAUUUACAAACAUUACAGGAGAGAAAAACGAGAAAACCAUAGCGGAACUGUAUUGCUCAACAGAAGAGGUACAUAACGAGGUGACCUUUCUUUCAGCGACAAAUAUUUUUCUGUCCAUGACUGCUUUUGUUGAAAACUCUCUGGUCCUCGUUGCGCUACACAAGACGCGUUCACUCCAUCCGCCGUCCAAACUACUGUUUCUAAACCUGGCGAUAACUGAUCUCUGUGUUGGUAUCAUUGUCGAGCCUUUGUAUGUAUCUUAUUUGAUGUCUGUUGUGAACGAAAGAUGGGAUAUUUGCUAUUACGCCCUUCUGUCAAGUUUUAUCACUGGCUAUGUUAUGUGUUCAGUAUCUUUACUCACUCUGACCACAACAAGUAUGGACAGACUUCUAGCUCUGUUGCUGGGGCUUAGGUACAGACAAGUUGUAACUUUGAAAAGAACACGCGUGACUGUAGCCAUUUUGUGGAUUUUGUCCAUCGUUAGUACUUCAUCUUAUUUUUGGGACAUUCGUAUAUUGGUAUUGUGGGGUAAGAUAAGUGUACCUCUGUGUCUCGUCGUCUCCGGUAUCUCUUACACAAAAAUUUUUGUCACUCUGCGUCAUAACCAUAUACAGGUACAGGAUCGCUCUUUUCAAGGACAGCUCCAGCAAACAACACUCCUGAACAAAGCCCGAUACAGGAAAGCAGUUUCCAAUGCCCUGUGGGUACAGCUGGUAUUAGCUUUUUGCUAUUUUCCUUAUAUUAUAGCGCAGGCUGUAACACCGCAGAGAGGGAUACCUUUAUCGGGUUUUCUUGCUAGGGAAUUUACAAAGACUCUAAUUUUCUUAAAUUCCUCUUUAAAUCCAUUGAUUUAUUUCUGGAAGAUGAGAGAACUUAGGCAAGCUGUUAAAAACACACUUUGUUGUUUAUCAGGUUAGUUCCUUAGGAUUUAUUAGGUCAGUAACAAGUCAAGGAAAAACAGUGAGGCACACAUCUGCAGAAAAAAAUGCUUCUUUUUAA